AUGAAGAGUAAAGAACAUGAAAUUGAAGUUAUAGACCAGCGCCUGAUUGAAGCAAGAAGGAUGAUGGACAAGCUGCGCGCCUGUAUUGUGGCUAACUAUUACGCGUCUGCUGGUCUCCUUAAAGCCGGAGAGGGGACCAGGUCAUGUGAUGCGACAAUUCUUAAUCACCCUUCAAUCAAGAAAUUCUUGGAAUCGCCCUCCAGAUCAUCGUCUCCAGCUAACCAGGGCUCAGACACUCCAUCUGCCAACCACUCCGAGAGCGACUCGCUCUCGCAGCACAAUGACUUUCUCCUGGACAAAGACAACAGCAACUUGGACGCAGACGAGCGGCUGACAAACAGCCUGGACCAGAGACAGAGCAGAAAUACUGGCCGGGACAGUUCGGGUGUUUCAAGCUCUCAAAAACCAGGACAACGAAAUGCCGGACUGUCAAACGAUGAAACUUCACGGCUUUAUGUGAAGAAAACGAUCGUGGUUGGCAACGUCUCCAAGUACAUUCCCCCUGAUAAGAGAGAAGAAAAUGAUCAGUCGACCCAUAAAUGGAUGGUGUACGUCCGAGGCUCUCGGAGAGAGCCCAGCAUAAAUCAUUUUGUCAAGAAAGUUUGGUUCUUCCUCCAUCCCAGUUACAAACCUAAUGACCUGGUGGAAGUGAGAGAACCUCCAUUUCACCUGACCAGGAGAGGCUGGGGAGAAUUCCCUGUGAGGGUCCAGAUACACUUCAAGGAUAGCCAGAACAAGAGGAUCGAUAUCAUCCACAACUUGAAGUUGGACAGGACCUACACAGGCCUGCAGACACUCGGCGCAGAAACGGUAGUGGAUGUGGAGCUACAUAGGCAUUCCCUUGGCGAGGAGUAUCUCUUCUCCCAGUCCUCAGAGUCUGACCUUUCCGACGUCCCUACGUCUUUACCUCUGCCGUUGAGUAUCCCAGCACCAGUCAAAGCUUCUUCGCCAAUUAAACAGUUGCGGGACUCCAGCCCGGAUGCUUCUGUGGACAAAGGAUUCCCUGGGAAUGCUGAAACCGAAAGACAUGCCACGUUUUAUUCCCUGCCAUCUUCGAUAGAACGGACUCCCACCAAGUUAGCCACACAGAAAGUUGCCUUUGGCUCUCAUGGAAAUUCAGCUUUUCAACCCAUUGCAGCUAGCUGUAAAAUAGUACCUCAAGGUCAGAGUCCGAGCCCUGCAGAGUCGCCAGGAAAAUCCUUCCAGCCCAUCACCAUGAGUUGCAAGAUUGUAUCAGGUUCUCCAAUAUCGACCCCUAGUCCAUCUCCGCUACCUCGUACCCCAACCUCCACUCCGGUGCACAUGAAGCAAGGCUCUGCUAGUUCAGUCAUUAAUAAUCCGUAUAUUAUUGUGGACAAGCCUGGACAGAUGGUUGGAGCAGCAGCCACAAGCACAGGGAGCCCAACCAGCAAACUGACCAGUGUUUGCCAGGCUUCUCACGGAACCGGAUCUCCUGUAUCAAAGACCCACGGGAGCAGUUUUGUCACCUCAGCUGUCAAGCAGGAGGAUUCUCUGUUUGCCACCAUGCCACCCCUUUGUCCCAUUGGGAGUCAUUCCAAGGUGCAGAGCCCCAAAUCGGUCACGGGAGGACUUGGAGCUUUUACAAAGGUGAUAAUAAAGCAGGAGCCAGGAGAGCUGCCCCAGCAACCCCAGCUGCCAGCAACAGGGACGACGACGCAGACCUCUGUGCAGCAGUACGUCACUGUGAAAGGGAGCCACAUGUUAGCCUUGUCGCCGCAGAAGCCGGUCGUGAGCACGGGCGAGGGGACGGUGCAGUCUAAGGUUGUUGGCGUCCCAGUUGGUUCUGCUUUACAGUCGACAGUGAAACAAGCAGUGGCUAUCAGCGGUGGCCAGAUACUCGUGGCAAAAUCUAGCUCUUCGGUAGCAAAGGCUGUUGGUCCGAAGCAGGUUGUGACUCAAGGUGUAGCCAAAGCCAUCGUGAGUGGAGGAGGAGGGACGAUUGUUGCUCAGCCUGUGCAGACUAUAACGAAGGCGCAGGUUUCUUCCACGGGUGCUCAGAAAAGUACAUCUCAAGGCUCAGUGAUGGCUACACUGCAGUUACCAGCCACCAACCUGGCAAACUUGGCAAACUUGCCACCAGGCACCAAACUGUACCUCACCACCAACAGCAAGAAUCCUUCUGGGAAAGGAAAACUGCUUCUGAUACCCCAAGGAGCCAUACUGCGAGCCACAAAUAAUGCUAGUCUCCAAUCUGGUUCUUCUACAAACACUGGGGGAGGAGGAACCCAAAGCACAAGCAGUAACCUGUCACAGCACCUCACCUAUACAUCCUACAUCCUGAAGCAGACACCCCAGGGCACCUUUCUGGUCGGUCAGCCUUCUCCUCAGAGUUCCGGCAAGCAGCUGACUCCAGCUUCGGUUGUUCAGGGCAGCGUAGGAGUCGGAGCACCGUCCACACAAGGACAAGCACUGAAAGUGAUAACUGGGCAGAAAACAGCUCUGUUUACCCAGGCUGCACCCAGUGGACAGACAUCGUUGGUGAAAAUAUCAGAUGGGUCUAUAAAAUCAGUGCCUGCUUCAUCCCAGCUCUCCAAACCUGGCACCACUGUGCUGAGAGUAUCAGGAGGCGUUAUCACCACGGCCGCUGCUCCUGCCGUGGCCCUUCCCACAAACGGGGUGGCCCAGCAGACAGACAAUGCAGGUUCCAGCUCAUCAUCCUCUGGAACUCCUGCAGCAAAGACAUCUGGGCAGCAACACCAAAUCUGUAUAAGCCAGAGCCAGUCAACUUCAUCAGUAGUGAAUAAGACUGCAGCUUCCACUGUUGUAAGUGUUGCUUCUCUGAUGACUACACCAACGCCCGUGACUGGAAAAGCUGCAGUGUCAGUGAUGCAGUCACUUUCUGCCAGCAAAGUUUCAGCAGUUUCAGCUGUCACGGCAGCAAGUACGGUUGUCCCUAGUCCCUCUACAGCAUCGAUCACUAAAGUUAAGAUGGAGCCUGAUUCAACAGGGCAGAACUGCAGUUCUGUGGGUACUCAAGAAGGCCAAGCAGCAGUAAAAACAGAAGAGAGCUCUGAGCUUGGGAAUUACGUUAUCAACAUAGAAUACUUGGAGAACAUCCAGCAGCUUUUAACAGCAAUAGUGAAGAAGGUUCCAUUAAUUGCUGAAAAAAGUGAAGAUGCAAGCUCUUUUUGUGCCAGUUCAGUGGAACAGUAUUACAGCUGGAAUAUUGGGAAGAGGAGGGCUGCCGAGUGGCAACGAGCAAUGACAGUGAGAAAGAUCCUACAAGAAAUCAUAGAGAAGCACCCCAGGUUUCACAACAUUACACCCCUGAAAACAAAGCACGUGGUGCACUGGUGUCGAUGCCACGGCUACACUCCACCUGACCCGGAGACCUUGCGGAAUGACGAGGACUCGAUUGAAGACGUGCUGACGCAGAUAGACAGUGAGCCAGAAUGCCCUUCGUCUUACAGCAGUGGUGAGGAGCUGUGCCGAAAACUAGAGGAACUACAGCAAUUUCUCAAACGAGAACCAGAACACGAAGAGGAAGUAGAUAUUCUCAACUUUAGCGAGCCAUUAAAAAUAAACAUUAAGAAAGAACAGGAGGAGAAACAGGAGGAGAUGAAGUUCUACUUGGCUUCCUUGCCUGCAUCUGAGUUCGUGAGGGACACUGCAGAGAAGAUAGGGAUUUCUUUUCAGCCUGCUGAGGUACAAAAGAAUGUUUAUGCAUCAGUAAUAGAAGACAUGAUUUUAAAGGCCACGGAACAGCUUAUGAGCGAUAUCCUGCGGCAAGCGCUGGCUGUGGCGUACCAGACAGCUCCUCACAACAGGACUCCCAGAGAGAUCACAGUGAUGAAUAUUCACAAAGCCAUCUGUAAUAUUCCCUUUCUUGACUUCCUCACAAACAAACAUAUGAAGAUACUGAAUGAGGAACAGUGAAAUAAAGCGGAGAAGAUGCUACAGGAAAGGUGGAUUUAUGACUGAAGUUGGGUUCACAAAUCCAGUAUUUCUGUAGGACACUAUUAUAUACAUUUAUAACAUUGGGCUACUAGAUUGUUACCUCCAAUUAAAGAUGCACCUUAAUGCAACAGAAUGAUGCUCUGUUCCAAAUCAAGUUGUUAAAUGUCAGUGUUUACUUGGUAAGUGUACGUUCAGUGGCUGAACAAACAUUGUCAGUUUGCAUCGAGUUGCUGGCUGUGAGAGACUCCGCAGGCCUGGUCCCUCUGAGGCAGCUGAAUUGAUGAGUUUGAACA